AUGAAUCAAAUUGGACAUUUUUCCCGGCGAAAUUAUUACCAUAACCCUGCGCCCUCUCCCUAUUUAUAUGCAACCUUACCAGAGGUUUUUGACGCAACUGCCAAACGGCUUCCUUCCAAACAUGCCGUCGUUGUUUACCAGAGCCGCACUCAAAGAGACUGUUGGACGUUUGCCGAACUUCGAAAGAAGUCCAUUGCCUUGGCGACAGCACUGUAUCAGCGUGGUUACAAGCGGGGCGACCGCAUCGCCGUUUUUGCUCCAAACUGCCAUGAAUACUUUCUAAUUGUGCUGGCACUGAGUCGCAUCGGAUGCAAUGGAUUUCUUUUCAGCAACUUAGACACCCUAGCUAACAAUAUGGAGCAGUAUGCGUGCCUGGCGUUGGUCAUGUACGUUGGAACAAAUAAAGAAAAAAUGGUUUGCGAGGAAAUAGCCAAGAAGACUUCAGACAUUGUUACUUUUGGUCCCAACUCUGAUGGAAUUUCCGGGUCUUCUGUUCGCUUGUGUUCACUAAUUGAGAAAGAAGAUGCUCUCGAUCAGCAUAACCUGCCCGAUGCAAAGAACUUCACCCCAGACGAUCCGCUCUUUGUCUUCUUUACGUCGGGUUCUACUGGAAAACCGAAAGGAGUACAAUACACCCACCGGUUCCUCCUGCAGUUUUCCUCUUUCAAUGAAAUGCUGGAAGUCAAAGAAGACAGCAUUUGUUUCAACGACCGCCCAUUGGCUUGGUUAGGUGGGAUCAAUACACUUAUGGUAAUGGCUGUUUAUGGGGUUACAGGGGUAACCGUGAAUACAGCCAUAACCGUAGCCGAUGGAGAGGUCGACUUUGUGAUGGGAAUAUUAAAGAGGGAACGAUGCACCCACGUAUUAAUGAUGCGCUAUUUUAUGGUUGAUCUACUCGCCCGCGACGACCCCUCGCUGCACGACGUACCUAGUCUCCAGUAUAUACUCACAGGUGGUCAAAUCCUGGACAUGAACACUACAAAAGACAUCAUGCUUCUUUUUCCAAACGUUAAGUGCGUUGUUAAUGGUUACGGAUCGACUGAGGUUGGCUCUGGUGCUUUACGAUUCAAUACAAUAACAACGUACAGCGAUACCAUGAAAGUAGUCAACGGUGUCGAGGCCAAAUUAAUUGAUGAAAAUGGUCUAGAUAUCCCUCCUGACACAGAAGGAGAACUAUGCUUCCGCUCUCCUUGGAUCUUACCCAAGUGUUAUGUGGAUAACGAAGAAGCAUCAAGAAAAGCAUCGGACGAUGCUGGAUGGUUCCACACUUCAGACAUCGCAAUGAUGAAUGCUGAUGGUGAAAUCAAAAUCUGCGGCCGUAAGGACGACAUGAUAAAACGUGCGACUAUCAAGGUAUUCCCUGCAGAAGUUGAGAAUGUUAUCUCAGAGCAUCCUGCUGUUAAACAGGUUGUCGUUGUUGGGGUGCCAGACGCAAGGCUUGGAGAGGAGCUCUGUGCAAGCGUAAUCCUUAACGAAGAACAUACAGCAGAUGGUCUUCAAGAAUGGUGUAAGGCUCGCUUUUCCGUGGGACCCGAUGGUUUGUCUUUGGCACCAAAGUACUUUUUGACACGCUCCGAGUUUCCGAAAACGCUUACAGGAAAAACUGACAGAAAACUAAUCAAGCAGUUGGCAAUAAACGAACUAAAAUUAAAAAUGUAA